UAUAUAUUAAUAUUAUGGAUGCUCACGAUCUUUUCAAAAAGCUUGCAAUCGGUGCUAAAUUUGAUGUAAAACGCUUUCGAAAAGAUGCAGAAAGAUUUCAGAUUAUGAAACCAAGUAAAAAUGAAGUCGAAAUAAACAAUACAAUUGAGAAAAUAAAAGACGAAGUAUUAGAACCUAUAGAAAGCAAAGCAAAAAGAAAAUAUAAAGAUGAAAACGAAGAUGUUGAUGAAAUAACAUUACUGAAUGGAUUAUCGAUACCGAAAAAUGGAAGUGUUCCAGUUAAAAAACGUAAAAAAGUCACAACUGCUGACAAGAUAUUAAAACUGGAACAAGAAAAGAUAAACCAUCUGAGGAACAUGAAUCGUAUUUCAGUCACAGGCAAUCAUGUACCUAGAUUAAUAUUAGAAUUUAAUGAAUUAAAAACUAACUAUCAGGUGUCAGAAAAUUUGUUAAAUAAUAUGAAAAACAGUGGAUACUUAUAUCCAACACCAAUACAGAUGCAAGCAAUGCCAAUUAUGUUAGAAGGUAGACAGAUACUGGCUUGUGCCCCGACAGGAUCUGGAAAAACUGCAGCAUUUUUAUUACCAAUCAUUCAUAAUUUACGAGGACCACAAAAGAAGGGUUUUCGCGCUGUUAUUUUAAAUCCUACAAGGGAGUUAGCCAAACAGACUUAUAGGGAAUGUUUGAAAUUGAGUGACGGCUGUGACUUUAGAAUUCAUAUAAUUAGUAAAGUGAAUCAGGCUCUUAUUAAAUAUGGGCCUUCAAGCUCGCAAAAGUUUGAUAUUUUAAUUACUACACCAAAGCGAUUAGUAUUUCUCUUAAAUCAAGAUCCUCCAGCCAUUUCAUUAAAUAAUGUUGAAUGGUUGAUUGUGGACGAAGCCGAUAAACUUUUCGAGGAAGGAAUACGUGGUUUUAGGGAGCAAUUAGAAGAGAUUACAAAAGCCUGUGUUAGUACAAAUUUACGUCGCAGUAUGUUCAGUGCGACAAAUACUCCAGCAGUGUCAAAGUGGUGCCGUUGUAAUAUGAAGGGUCUUAUAACAGUAACAGUUGGACAAAGAAAUGCAGCUGCAGAUUUGGUAGAUCAGAAGCUUCUUUUUGUUGGAAGCGAAAGAGGUAAAUUAGUGGAAUUUAGAAACAUUAUUCAAAAGGGUAUAUCACCACCGGUCUUAGUAUUUGUACAAAGCAAAGAGAGGGCUCAAGAACUUUUUAAUGAGCUUAUAUACGAUGGAAUUAAUGUGGAUGUUAUUCACGCUGACAGAACAAUGACACAGCGAGACAAUACUGUGCGUUGCUUUAGAGAAGGAAAGAUUUGGGUUUUGAUCUGCACAGAAUUAAUGGGCAGAGGUAUAGAUUUUAAAGGCGUAAAUCUUGUUAUAAAUUAUGAUUUUCCCCCAUCUGCCAUCUCUUACAUUCACAGAAUAGGUCGUACCGGUCGUGCCGGUCACAAGGGAAAGGCAGUAACGUUUUUCACUCAACAAGAUACGGUGAAUUUACGGAGUAUUGCGACGGUUUUGCGAGCCUCUGGAUGCGACGUACCGGAUUACAUGUUAGCCAUGAAGAAGCACAGUAAGAAGGAACGACGUAAGCUCGAGCGUACGGCACCCAUGCGUGAAAAAAUAUUAACCGUGCCUACAUAUAAACGUAAACAGAAAUCAUGCGUCAAAAAGAAGUCAGAGUUGGAAAAAGAAAUGUAAGUGUAAAUAUGAUAUUCGUUUUUUUUUUAAUGUGAAAU